ACUUGGUCACUUGUCACUUGGUCACCUCUUUUGGUGUCAAACACACUCACACACUACUAGGAGCACACAACUGAAAACCCUCCACCGACAUCACCACCGUUCACAAAAUGGAGGCCGUGGGUUCGACCAGGCUAGGCCGCGCCACCUCCCGCUACGGCGCACCCGCCGUGUUCAGUGGCCCCGUCAGGAAGUGGAAGAAGAAGUGGAUCCACGUCACCCCUUCAUCCUUCAACAACAACAACACUUCUCAAUCUCAUAACAACAACAACAAACCUUCCUCUCGCCUCCUCCUCCGUCGCUGGACCCCUAUCACCGCCUCCUCCGCCGCCGCUGAAGAGUCCCAAGGCGGUUCCGACAACGUCUCAGACGAGCCACCCAAACGGAAGUUCCGUUACACUCCUAUUGCUGUGCUAGAAGAACAGAAAAAAGGGGUUGAAAAGAGUGAACAUGAACCCACAAGUGAGAGUGACAAACUUACAGCUAAACAGAUAAAUGCGACUCAAGAGGUGCAUGGGAAGUUGAACAUGAAUGAAAUUUCUGAGGAGUCCAAGGAUUCAAACAUGAGCAAGUUGGAUCUUGGUUUCGACCUCCAAGGCAACAAUGGUGAAAACAGUCCGAAUUAUGAUGAUUAGAUGGGAAAAAAUAUCUAGAGGGUGGUCCUUGAACUAACUAUUUGGAAGUAGAAGAUCAAGCUAGCUGUCUAGUAGCAAAGUGUUUAUUCCCAAAAGUUUGUGCCAGUAUAUAUGACCUCCUGACAUCGUAUUUUGACAUAAAUCUGGUUAGCAAGAAUUUUGUAUAGUCGUUACUUAAUUAGUGCUAGUACUGUAGGAAGGAUCAGUAACUAGUGUGAUGGUCUUGUAUUACGUGAUGUGAUGUGAGGCUACUAAAUAGCUGUAGACUCAAGACUAUAGUGAAUAUAACAAAAUCUCAAGAUGCUUUCAAAAUCUCACUUUGUAUUUUUCACCACUCA